AACUGAUGUCAACAUCCUGUUUUGUUCUCGACACGUUCUGAUCGCUUAUUUGUUGCUUCUGUUAUUCAAAGUUGGGUAUAGCGGGAAGUGUGCUGUCUUCAGCAUGACGGAAAACAACCUUUUAGAAAGACUGCGGCAAUUUGAUGCAUAUCCAAAAACACUAGAGGACUUCAGAGUAAAAACUUUCGGUGGAGCACUUGUGACAGUGAUUAGCUCUCUUCUGAUGGUGAUACUCUUUAUUUCUGAACUGAAUUUCUAUCUUACAAAAGAUGUUCAACCAGAAUUAUUUGUUGAUACAACAAGAGGACAGAAGAUACGUAUCAACAUUGAUAUAGAUUUUCCAAAAGUGCCUUGUGCAUAUUUAAGUAUAGAUGCUAUGGAUGUCUCUGGUGAACAACAGCUGGAUGUAGACCAUCACUUGUACAAACAGAGACUUGACACAAGUGGACAGAAAAUUAAAGAUAUUGAACCAGAAAAAGAAGAGCUUGGAGAUAAGUCCAAAGAUAUUGUUGAGGUUGCAACAAAAAAGUUAGACCCUGACCGAUGUGAAAGUUGCUAUGGGGCCGAGUCAAGUGAACAUAAAUGCUGUAAUACAUGUGAAGAUGUGAGAGAAGCAUAUCGUAAGAAAGGAUGGGCCUUCAAUUCACCAGAGGGGAUAGAACAGUGCAAUAGGGAGGGAUGGACAGCUAAAAUGAAGGCCCAGGAAAAGGAAGGGUGUCAAGUUUAUGGAUACUUAGAGGUCAACAAGGUCCAGGGAAAUUUCCAUUUUGCUCCUGGCAAGAGUUUUCAGCAGCAUCACGUCCAUGUGCAUGAUCUGCAAGCAUUUGGUGGACAAAAGUUUAAUUUGAGUCAUGUGAUUCGACACCUCUCUUUUGGACAAAAUUAUCCAGGCAUAAUAAAUCCACUGGAUCAGACCAGUCAAGCCUCGAGUGAAGAGCAAACAAUGUUCCAGUACUAUGUUAAAGUUGUGCCAACAACAUAUGUUGAUGUAAAAGGGAGGGCAUUGUAUACGAAUCAAUAUUCAGUUACAAAACAUUCCAAAAAUGUUGGAAAUGGAUUGGGAGAUUCAGGAUUGCCAGGAGUGUUUUUUAUUUAUGAAUUGUCACCAAUGAUGGUUAAAUACACUGAGAAACAGAGAUCAUUCAUGCAUUUUUUAACUGGAGUGUGUGCCAUUGUUGGGGGGAUUUUCACAGUUGCUGGUCUAAUAGAUUCCAUGAUUUAUCACUCAUCCAGAGCUUUACAAAAAAAGAUAGAACUUGGAAAAGCAACUUGAUGAAAGGACUAUUUUAAUUUUGUUUUUUUUUUUUAAAUAAUACAUAACUGCUGAAUGUUGAAAGAUGGAGGUUACAUGUGUGUGAUAUGUGUUUUGUAUUGAAUUUUGACACAAUAGAAAACCUUGUCAUCUAAAAAAGUAUGCCAUUUAAUUAAUAAAUUAAAACCAUAUGUCAUCCCAUAAAACAGUUGUGAAUGUGAUAAUUUUACAUAAGACUCUCACAAAUCAGAAAGAGAUUUGAUUUUUUGUUGAUGCUACAGUUUCCUGUAAUAGUACAUAAAUGACAUUGAUAACUCUGAUACUCAACAGUGUACCUGUAUGAGCGGCCAUGUGUCUAGGACGACUUGCAAAAUUGUCAUCAUGUUAAAGAAUUUCUGAGGUGUUGGUGUAAGCAUUGUUAUUUUCUGCAAAUUACAGAUACUCGUCAAGUGAUAGCACAGAAGAUUAACCUGCAUAAUUCAUAUAUAUACAAACGUAUAUAUUUUUUUUUUGGGGGGGGGGGAUCAGAAGUAGAAAAACAAUACAUUCCAGAUCAUUAUAGUCAUUCUCACAACUGAAGAAAGUUGGAAUUUACACAGAAAAAAAAUUGACUUAUGUUUACCUUUUUUUUUUUUUUUUUUUUACAUUUAUUUAAUGUAUGCUCAACAUUUGUUUGAAAUAUGUUUUAAACAUAUAAAGCUGAACUGUUCAUUUCAGAAACCAGUGUUUAACACAUGAAUGUGUUCAUAUACAUUGCUCAUGAAUAUUUUAUGGUAUAUAAACCUUUCUUUUAAAUUGUUGAAAUGUUGCUUGAUUUUUUAAGGUAAACAUAUGUUGAACAUGCACUUCAUUUAUACAUGUACCUGUGUAGGUAAGGCAUUUUGUAGGCCUGUAGGAAGUCAU